UGUCUUUAGAUGUAAGACCCCUUUGUUUUGUUAUUACUCAUUUUCUCUAUUUUAAUCACAUAUAUGAUCUUAGAUACGUAGAUUGAAUAGCUUCACAUCCAAUAACGAUUCUUUCUUAUACAACUUUUCCACCUUCAUCACUACCCCCAUUGCACAUUUUUUUUCACUCUGACGUGUGCAAUGAUGCCACUAGUUUUGUUCGUCUACGGCUCUGGAUUAUUUGUUAGGUGGCAUCAUAUAGCAUGUGAGAGAGAACAGAGCCUGUGUUGUCAUGUUCCUACUUUUGCAUUAUAGCAAGAACGGGUCCUAAAGUUCUUCCUUUGUUGAUUGUGUGCAUGAAAAAGGGACCUGAGUGAAACAAUAUCACAAACAUGAGAGAGGAGAACGUGAAGCAGCCAUUGUUGGGGAGGAAGAAGUACUACGAUAACUGCCCCGGUUGCAAAGUGGAUCAGGCCAAAGAGUUGAGUGAGGGACAAGGCGUACCCAUUAAAAAUCUUGCUAUCAUAUGGACAUUGGUGUUGUCCAAUGCACUGCCUAUAUCAUCUCUCUUUCCAUUCCUUUAUUUCAUGGUAAGGGAUUUUAAUAUUGCGAAAACAGAAGCUGAUAUCAGUUCUUAUGCUGGUUAUAUUGGCUCUUCAUUCAUGCUUGGCAGAUGUUUGACAUCUAUAUUAUGGGGAGUUGUUGCUGAUCGCUAUGGUAGAAAGCCUGUAAUGUUUGCAGGGAUUGUGGUGGUUGUCAUUUUCAACACACUAUUUGGCCUCAGUACUAGUUUUUGGAUGGCUCUUACUACAAGAUUUCUUCUUGGAAGUUUAAAUGGUAUGCUUGGACCAGUGAAGGCCUAUGCCACUGAAAUUUUUCGAGAUGAACACCAUGCUCUAGGACUAUCAACAGUCAGUGCAGCUUGGGGCACAGGUUUAAUCAUUGGCCCAGCAUUGGGAGGCUAUUUGGCUCAGCCAGUAGAGAAGUACCCACAUUUAUUUUCAAAGGGUUCCAUUUGGGAUAAGUUUCCAUACCUCUUGCCCAACCUUGUAAUAUCAGCAGUAGCAUUUUUAGUAAUUAUUUGCUGCUUCUGGAUUCCGGAAACACUUCACACCCACAGUUGUAGUGAUGAAUCCGUGGAAGAUGCUGAAGCUUUGGAAAAUGGAAACAGUGGAGCUGGCAAAGACAUGACAACUCAGAAGAAUGAAAACCUCCUCUUGAAUCGGCCCUUGAUGUCAUCUAUCAUAAUUUACUGUGUUUUCUCACUUCAUGAUAUUGCUUAUCAAGAGGUUUUCUCAUUAUGGAGUGUCAGUCCUCGAAAGCUGGGGGGGUUGAACUUCUCAACAAAUGAUGUUGGCAAUGUUCUUUCAAUAACAGGUGUUGCAAUGAUCAUUUACCAAAUUUCGGUCUAUCCAUUUGUGGAAAGAGCUUGUGGACCUGUUGGAAUUGGCCGCAUUACAGGGAUGUUAUCAAUACCUCUUUUGCAAAGCUACCCUUUCAUAGCAUUGUUGUCAGGUGUUGCACUAACCAUAGUCAUAGUUACUGCUUCAAUUCUAAAGAAUAUUCUGUCUGCCACCAUUAUAACUGGUUUGUUCCUCCUACAAAACCGAGCAGUGGAGCAACACCAAAGAGGUGCAGCUAAUGGCAUUUCCAUGACAGGCAUGUCCCUAUUCAAAGCUAUUGGUCCUGCUACAGGUGGUGCAGUAUUAACUUGGUCACAAAAGCGGAUGGAUGCUUCAUUCCUCUCAGGCACCAAUAUGGUGUUCUUUGUCCUGAACAUAAUUGAAGCAAUUGGAAUAAUAAUGAUGUUCAAACCAUUUCUUGCUGAGAAGAAGAAAACACAGUCAGAUCAGUUACAGUGAAAUCAAUAAUUUUUACUCAAGUCAUAUAGCAUCUCCCUGGAACUGCUAUCUAUUGCAGAGAUGAUAACCAGAUGCAUGAACUUUCUCAUAUUGAAGUUAAAUUAAUGGAACCAGUUCAAUUUGUAACUUGCCUUAACUGGUUAGGAGAAACCUAGGGAAGUGUAUAGGGAAAGGCCAAUUAAGCCUUACAGCCCCUUUUUUUUCAAUUGUUUCAAUCUAGUAUGUAAUAUACUUUUUUACUAGUAUUGUUUUGUAAUCAUACUAUAAUAUACUACUUCUCAUAUCAUUUAUAAGGAAAAAAUAAAUUCACAUGGUUUAAGAAAAUCAUGCAUUAAAUUA